UACUGUAGUUAAUCGUUAGGUGCGCUGCUGCUGGGGUUACCACAGGUCAUCAGAAUCAUCAUCAUCAUGGCGGCAGUAAACGACUUCAAGACUAAUAUAGACAACGCCUGUCGGGCCGGAGAGGAGUUUUCCAAAGUUUUCUACGAGACCUUUGACAAGAGAAGACAUGUUUUGAACAAGCUGUACCUGGACACAGCUAACGUCGUGUGGAAUGGCAACGUAGUGAAGGGACCUCAGGAGAUCACCAAGUUCCACGAUAACCUACCUCACAGUGAACACACACUCAUCACACUGGACUGUCAACCACUGCCAGAUGAAGCCACCCAAGGCCAGGCCACUGUACUGGUGACCACAAGCGGAACGGUCAAGUUUGAGGGGAACAACACCAUGAGGUUCACACAGAACUUUACACUGACCAAUCAGGGCAACGUGUGGAAAGUAGCCAGCGACUGUUUUAGGUGCCAGGAGGAGGACUGAAGAGAAACUGAACUCAUCACACAGCCAGGUCAUUUUUACUGUGAGAAGGAGAGGGCAUUCAUAGUGGUUUGACAGCAGGCCAUCACAUUGAUGACAUUGAGUGAAAAAAGGGUUCAAUUUUCUAUAUUGGGAUAUUGGAGUCAUGGAUGUCGGUGUAUUGAUACAUUCCUUAAUGAGGAUUGUAUGUCAGACCAUCCUCCCUCCAGACCAUCCAGUUUCAAAGUGUGAGAGGUGAAAUCUGUCAUCUGUACAUAUUAUUUUCUUGUUUAUGACUGGCAACAGUCAAUGGUUUUUCUUGACCUGUUCUGUAUCUGUAUCUGUAUAGCCGGUAUAACCGCCUUUCGGCGUAACACACCAGCUGUCUGUUGUCUCAAAGCAUUGCAGAACUCUUACCCUUAGUCUUCAAAUACAUAAAUACAUGCAUCUAUCAAGAAAUAAGAGUCGACUGUGGCCUCAACUCACACUCUACAAAUAAAGAUGAUAACAU